GACUAAUUAUCUUAGAUUCCUAGAGUUUUAGGGCCAAGGGAAUCUCAAUUUCUUGUCUUCACAGGUAAUUCUGAGGCCAAGAAGGGACACGACUCCAGCAAAAUAAUAAAGCUAAUGUCGCCGUUGUAUUGCGUCUGAAGCCCCCACUGCAUAUGCAGUGAGGACUCAUUAAAUGUCUACUAUGUGGAAGGGUUCAGGAAAGUCAAAAAUAUACAUGGAAUUGGGCUAGUUUGGGAUCUUUAUCCCCACACUGUAGCCCACCUAUGUUAGGGGAAACCGUGCCGUUGCCAAAACAACUGAACACAUCCAGUCUCCGACUCAAGAAAGACAGAGUAGUAGGAGCCAGCGCCUGCCCGAGUUUUUCGGAAGGGCUCAGAGGGGAGAAGGGCAGGCCGGGAGCACCGAGAGGGCGGGCAGCGGGUAGUCGGGUAGGUGGAAUCCUGGGAGGGGCGGAACUUCGGGUCUCCAUGGAGACGGCUUCUCCUGGCAAGCUGGCGGACGUUGAGCAGAACUGGCUCGAUGGACGCGGAGAGCCUUCUGCUGUCGUUGGAGCUGGCGUCCGGCAGUGGGCAGGGCCUCAGCCCGGACCGUCGGGCCUCGCUGCUCACUUCCCUUACGCUGGUUAAGCGCGACUACCGCUACGAUCGGGUCCUCUUCUGGGGCCGCAUCCUCGGCCUCAACGCCGAUUACUACAUCGCACAGGGCCUGAGUGAGGAUCAGCUCGCACCGCGCAAGACACUCUACAGCCUGAACUGCAUGGAGUGGAGCCUCUUGCCCCCUGCCACAGAGGAGAUGUUGGUGCAGACGUCCAUGGUGAAGGGCCGCUUCAUGGGGGACCCCUCGCAUCUGUAUGAACACACUGAGCUGCAGAAAGUGAACGAGGGUGACAAGGUCUUUGAAGAAGUAGUGGUCCAGAUCAAGGAAGAGACCCGUUUGGUGUCCGUCAUUGACCAGAUUGACAAGGCUGUGGCUGUCAUCCCCCGAGGUGCCCUCAUUAAGACCCCCUUUGGACCAGUCCAUGUCAAUCGGACUUUUGAAGGACUGUCAUUGUCUGAAGCCAAGAAGCUCAGCUCCUACUUCCACUUCAGGGAGCCUGUUGAGUUGAAGAACAAGACCUUGCUUGAGAAGGCUGACCUGGACCCUUCCCUGGACUUCAUGGAUUCCUUGGAGCAUGACAUCCCCAAAGGGAACCUUGGCAGAAAAAUAGCCCAUUUGCUGAGCUUAUCCUGAGACCCUUUAAGGCCAACUUGUCUGUGGUUGGUCAGGUUCCACAGAGAUGUGCCUUCCAGUUUCCUGCCCAGAGGUCAAAGGACAGUGUUCUGGGUCUCAGCAUCCACUGUGGGAACAUUUUCAAUAAGAUAUUUCUGCCUUCAGUGUCCUGGGGUUCUCUUGUCCAGAGACCCUGUUUUCCCCUCCCUAAGGGAUAAGCCUCUAGUCAUGCCUGGCUAUGUGAAGAAUCUGAGGAUCUGACUGCUUUUUAAGAACACUUCCUACCAUCCUCUUUAUUAAUCUCCUUCAGUCCUGCUCCAAAAGUAACUAGCAUCACCAAUUUCUGAGCCUUUUGGGGAUUCUGGAGUAUAGAUUCAGCAGUUACAACUUUUCCCACCACCUGCUUCCUCUUUACUGCUCUCCCACCUGCUUUCUAGCUUCCAAAAUUUUGUUGCUGUUAUCUCUGCUCUCAUUCUUCCUGUCCUUGUGGAUGUAUAUCUUAAAAAACAAAAUAAAAAAGAAAAUAAAAUUA